GGAAAGGGGCGCUGCAUGGAGAUUGUGGACGGAGAAAAAGUCGAUUUCCCCUUCUCUCCUAACUCCGCCCCUCACGUGAUGUCUGGCCCCACCUGGCUUCCCCCGAAACAGGUGGGGGUCCCGGGACAGGCUGGGGUCACAGUUUCUGCUCCGGCCGCCUUCAAGCCCCAGAAGAGUUUUGCUUCUUCUCCCAGUGCCCCCCAACCCACCUAUGGGUCUCAGGAGGCCAACGGGACGAUGAGCGUGCCAACGCAGUACCUACCCCCCAUGCCAGGCCCUCUGCCCCAUGUUCACGACCCCACGGGUGACCAUCAUUAUUCUUCCGCAGGCGAGAGAGGAUCUGGAGGUUCCUGGGGCAGCGCUUCUCCUCCUGGGUACACCUUGCAGGGGGCGCCUCUUGAGCAAGGUCCUCCCCGCCCCUCAAGCAUCGACGUCCAGAUAGACUCCCUCACCAGCAUGCUGGCCGAUUUGGAGAGCGCCCGGCAGCGCCGCGGCGAAAGGCAGAAUUUGGAGCCCGCUCCCUUCUCCCACAGCCUCCCUCAGGCUGGCAUCGCCAAGCCCGCCUCUGCCUACAAACAGGGCCCUUCCGGAACCUUCUCCGCCCCCACCAAGCCUCCGGGUUUCGACGCCUACGCCAAGAGCGCCGCUUACGGCGGGCAGCCGGCCCCUGCCCCGUACGUUGGUGCCGCCGUCUCCGGGGACCCCUACACUGCCGGCUACCACCGGCCGGGCACAGCCGCCAAACCGUACCCUCAGCCCAUGCCCGCCUCGUACGCCACGGCUUCCUCGUCCGCCGGCCCGCCCUUCAACGUCCAGGUCAAGGUGGCGCAGCCGGUUGCCGGGUACAACCAGCCCCAGCGCCGGGCGGAGCAGGCUUACGGCCCGCUCCCCCGGCUGGGCUACCGGGCGAAGCCGCCCCCUCAGUACGCCUCGGAGGUGGGCGGCCGGCCCCGGGGCCACGACGCCGAGCCCUGGUACCCGGAGCCGCCGUCGUACGGCCGGCGGAUGGCCGAAGGGGAGUUCUACCCGGGGCCUGGCAAGGCUGGGGCGCCGGUGGGGCAGUACCACCCCGGGUUGGCGAAACCGGGCAAGGAGGAGAUGGCGGUGGCUUCGCAGAUGCCGCCGACGGCGGGCGGAGGACUGAGGUUUCAGCACCAGGUUCCCCCCAGCCGCCCCGAAGAGGAGCUGGACCGGCUGACAAAGAAACUGGUGUACGACAUGAACAACCCUCCGUCGGGCGAGUAUUUCGGCCGCUGCGCGCGCUGCGGGGAGAACGUGGUUGGCGACGGGACGGGCUGCGUGGCCAUGGACCAGGUCUUCCACGUGGAGUGCUUCACCUGCGCCACCUGCCGAUGCCGCCUGCGUGGGCAGCCGUUCUACGCCAUCGACCGGCGCUCCUUCUGUGAAUCCUGCUACAUCGUGACCUUGGAAAAAUGUUCCAUGUGCUCCAAACCCAUCAUGGACCGGAUCCUGCGGGCAAUGGGGAAAGCCUACCACCCACAGUGCUUCACCUGCGUGGUUUGCCAUCGCUGCCUUGAUGGCGUCCCGUUCACGGUCGAUGCCACCAGCCAAAUUCACUGCAUCGAAGACUUCCACCGGAAGUUUGCCCCCCGGUGCUCAGUUUGUGGUAAUGCCAUCAUGCCAGAGCCUGGCAAAGAGGAGACCGUGCGGAUCGUUGCCCUGGACCGCAGUUUUCACAUAGGCUGCUACAAAUGUGAGGAGUGUGGGCUGCUCCUCUCCUCCGAGGGCGAAGGCCGAGGCUGCUACCCGCUGGACGGCCACAUCCUUUGCAAGAGCUGCAGCGCUCGGCGGAUCCAGGAGCUCUCCUCCAAGAUCACCACGGACUGCUGAUGGCUUCUGCCUCCCCCCCAUUCUCCCCGGCUCCUUGUUGGUUUUCUCUAUGGGUUUCCGCCUCCUUAACCGCUCCACAUUUUGCACCCCACUUCCUGCUGCCUUUAUCACUGAGCUGCAGGCGGUUGGGAUAGACAACCCAUUGGGGCCUUUCCAACUCUUCUGUUCUAUGCAUUUCUUGGUGUUCAUUUCAGCCCUGUUUUCCUUUGGCCAUAAAAACCCCGCUGUGUGUCUUGGGGGCAGCAGCAGUGCAUCUCAAGCCCCUAACUCUCCCUAACUCUUUCUCCCUGCUGCCCCACUUUCCUGUCCUGCCCUGGCUGCCUCCCUCCCUCCCCCCACCCAUACCCCCACCCCAAUUCUCCUCUGCGGGUUGGGGGCUUCGAACAUCAACCCUGCAUUUCUCAAAGCGGAAGCGGAUUGUGUCUGUCUUCGCUCUGUAUAUAUCUGUCUUCGCUCUGCAUAUCUCUGUCUUCGCUCUGCAUAUCUCUGUCUUCUCUCUGCACCUCUCUGUCUUCUCUCUGCACGUCUCUGUCUUCUCUCUGCACAUCUCUGUCUUCUCUCUACCACCAGCCCCACCAUUUCCCUGCCUUGAGGGCUCCCCUAAACCUAUAAGCUGGUCUUAGCUAUGUGCCAUCUCCCCUCUCCCCCCCCCCGGUCAGUUACAGCAGCCUUAACCAAGCAGGUGCCGUCCAAAUGCUUUGGCCUACAACUCCCAUCAGCCUCCAGUCAGCUGUGCUGGCUGGGGGUUGGCUGGAUUGGAAUCCAGAACACUGGAGGGCAGCAGCAGCUUAGAAAAAGGGUGAAUUAUACUAUAAUACCCUUCCUCACUCCUCCACCAUUGCCACUAACUGAGGGAAAUGGGAUAUCUAACAUCUGGGUCUAUAUCCCUAGCUCUUGGUUUUGUUUUUUUUAAAGAAUUCCUCAAGUUCCUUCUCUGUGUGUGAGUGUUUUUUUUAAAGGAUGGGUAUUUUUUAAAAAUACAUUAAACUCCCCACCCCACAAGCGUCUUCCCACAGGGCGUGGGGCAUUGCGUUCAUGUGCGUUAUGUGUCAGAAUUUAAUUAAAGAUGUGUCAAACUUCA